CAUACACAGAAAAUGUGGGUAGGGCCCCAGAUAAACAAUUCAGCUGGUUGGAACAUUGGAACACCCUAGAUUACGGCGGAACCUUUGUUCCGGAAGCCUUUGUAUGCGCACGGACGGAAUUCACAGACGGACAGGAAGCAGCUAAAUGCAAUGGGACCAGGGAGCCUGAUAGUUCUUUAAUUGAAAGAGCUGGACACGGUUACUGAAAGAUGGAAGUGGAUUUGCUGGACACCCUGGAGGCCCUGGGGUAAAUAAACUGUCAGAUACAUUGUGUCCCUUUUAAUGCAGGGCUGCUUUAGUCUACUCCAAUGUUUUCCUCUCUAUUUAGAGUGAGCUAUGUCCUCUGCAAUGCUGUGUUGUCCUGCAGUGUUUAUCUGCUGUGCCAGGGCAUGGUUAUCUAAAUUACUAACUAAUAAUAUUAAUAAAAAAUAAAAAACCUAUUUUUAAUGCAUUAUAUAGUCAAUGCAUUAAAGAUAUUAAAAAAACAACAACAAAUUCCUUUAAUUUUUUUUGCUUGUUGCUUUACUGUCUUAUUCUGCUCUGUGGGGUGAUGAUAUAUUGUAAAUGAAUUGCAUAAGAGGCUUAUGGAGGCAUUGUUUAUCCCUUUCUUGUGCAUGGGAUAAUGGAAACUGCUAAUAAAUGUAUUGGAACGCCCCAGGUCACUGUUGUUGUUGUUGUUGUUGUUGUUAUUAUUUAUAUAGCGCCAACAAAUUCCGUAGCGCUGUACAAUGGGUGGACUAACAGACACAUAAUUGAGAUCAGACCACUGGACGUACAGGAACAGAGGGGGUUGAGGGCCCUGCUCAAUGAGCUUACAUGCUAGAGGUUUUAGUGAACAGGGCUGUGUUUUACAAUCCAGGGCGCAAUGGACCACAUUUGUGCAGUCCAUGGUUUGUCUCUUCCUCCAGGAAGAAUAAAGAGCCUCUCCAGUUGUAGAUGUGGGGCUACCUUUUACUGCUCUGACUGUGGAAAUGCUGGUCCCCAGAUGUAGUGUGUUCCUGUUUAAAAGGGCCACAUUUGCCUUGCUGAAGUUGGCAGAAGAACACAUGCUGGCUGGAAUAGCACAUCAAUCCAUCACAUCACUGACUUAAGGAGAUGCUAUGUGAAAGUUAGUGGGCAUCCGUUGUAAUUUCUAAGGAGAAUGGGUUUUGUGCUUCAACUUUACCAGGGGGACUCUGGUGGAGAUUUAUAAAGGGAAAAAUUUGGUAUUUUUUGGUAGUAAUAGGAUGAAGGUAAAUUCUGGAAUGAUAGGGUUAAACAGGAUGCUGGAGUGAAGUAAGGUAUAAAAAAUAAAUAAAUGGAGGUGCCAGAAUAAAGGGAUUUAGAAUGAGCUGUGCUUAGUGGCUUGCCGAAACUGGCAUCUGUAAGCUAAGUUUGCGAUGACUGAUAUAAAUCAUGUAUAUUUAUCUUCCGGUUCCUCUGUCAAUCACAUGUUUUGUGCAGCCUUGCACUCCUAGUAAAAUCAAUAAAUACCUGGUGCUCAGUAAUACAGAAUAUAAUGUAGAAAAAUACCAGCACUCUGUAGAAUUACAAAAAGGAUUGUUCUUUACCCAAGAAAAUCUGAAAUGUCAAUGUUUUCAUGAACUUUUAUCAGGACAACAUAUAAACGUGUGUGUGUGUGUGUGUGUAUAUAUAUUAUUGUGUGUAAAGAGAGAGCAAGAAUAUGAGACUGCUUAGUAUGCCAAUAAGAAGUAAUAAUAAUUUUUUUGAACCUGCAAGGGAAAUAUGUGUUGGUUUCAUGAAAAGUAACUUAAUAAGCAUAUUUUGUCUUCUCUCCCAUCAGGUAUGAGGGUCCUUUGCUGGAGGAGACGAUGCUAGCCAAGGCUUUAGAAGACGGCCUUGCAUCACCUGAAUAUACUCAACUGCUUUGCUGGUUGAGCUCACAGAUUAAGCUGCUGGGAAAUUUAGAAGAAAGCAUUAGCUCGGAAGGUAAGCAAGUCCAUUUUCUUUUAAUCCCAGCUCCAUUGCAGGCUCCUUCCCAAAUAAUAUAUGUGACAGUGGUAUGUUAUUACUGUUGUAUGUUGGCUUAAAGUGGCCAACUCCCCUACAAGCGCACUUUCAUAGUGGAAGCCAUUCUUCCCAGUAAUCAGACUAAUCACACAGUGUCCUAGUGUGACACACAAUUUAGCUCCUACUAGCCCGAUGGGGCAGCUCUGUUACAUGAUCGGGAGGAGUGUUUGCAUUACAACUUUUAAAUCCCAAAUCCUACAUGUUGAUAUAAUUUCUUGCAGGGUCUCGUGUUAAAGGGGUGCUUCUAGCACCAUUACCAAUUCAGUGGUUUGCACAUACCGACUCUAUCUCUGGCAGCGUGAUUAGCAAAAGUUCCAUGCUUCUAAUAUGAGCUCUGUGCAUAGAUUAUGUCUAUUGUUAAGACUGUAGCAACACAGUUGCAGCAGCAGCACCUUCUAUAGCAGUCUGUGAUUGGCUGUUAAGCAAAAAGUAUUGUGAACUACACAUCUAAUCACAUAUAAAUGAAAUCCACAAUGGUGCGCAAAAAAAUUAUACUACUAAUCACUUCAUAGAUAUCAACUUAAAUAAAUUAUCUUUACAUACUGCAGAUGAAUCAAUACACAGGACAAAAUCAUGUAAUACCACUCUCACAGAAAGAGUGGUUUAUAGUGCCACACUGUUGCACCUCGGUAGGAUCAAAUUUGUGGGGAGCGUUGGAUCCCUACACCUAUGAAUCACAUCCACUCCACAAAGGAAGCGUAGUUGAUUCAGAACUCAGGUCUCAAGUAUUUAUUAAGCAAUUAUGCCAGUAAAAUAUUAAAAUUUUAAACAAAAUAAAGUGCUCGGGAGGUCUGUGGCUCUAAAUCUGUGAAGCGUGUUCUCACAGUUUCAGCGCUGUUAAACUCCCCUCUUAUAUGCAACACUAUAUACUCAAAUUCAACUUAAAAGGGCACUCCAGGUAUGAAAACAAUUUGACGUACACAUUGUGGAGUAUAUUCAUGUUGCAUUUUGUCUGCAUUCAAAUCUGUUUAGUUCUACAGCUUUCUUUAGACAUGCCCCUUCUUUUCACAAGUAACUUCCUUAUGUGUGCACAUGCUCAGCCUCAGAGAAAUCUGGUUGAUUGGCUGUGAGGGCGGAGUCAAGUCAUUGGCUCAGUUCACACUGAUUGGCUAUCAUUCUGUGAUGGAAUUUCGGUGAAAUGUAAAUUUAGUAGGCCGAGAUUUCCACGUGGCAUGUGUAUGUUGUAUCAGUUAGUUAGUUACACGUAGCUAAGAUACUCAUUAAUGUACUGAGCAUGUGCAGGAACUGAAAUUACACUCCUUUCUCCUUUGUUUCGGAUGAGCCAUGUGGUCUGCCCAUAUGAGGAAAUCCAAAUCCUGUCCACUGAUUGGUUAAGGGUAUGUGCGGGUGGAGCUAUUAACGGGAGGAGUUAUAGUUCUAUAAAAAGCAUGUACUCCAUGUGUUUGUCCCUCAGACCUGUUUUGGAACGUUAGUUCAUCUGAGGCCCGAUCAGUAUGUUAAUAAAGACCUCUUAGUUCCUGAAAACCUGCAUCCAUCUCUCUUCUGCAAGUUUACUCGGUUACAUCAUUGGUGCAUUGGGUCCGGGAAUCUCAUCGCACGGAAGCUGGCGCAGAGAUUUGAGACGGUAAACAUUUUACCAACGUUCUCUACGGCAGCACCCCUGAACUUCUGCGUGGACAUCCCUUCAUCUCGGCGCCACUGGGCUGCUUCGCCCAGGAGAUCAUCGGCCUUUAGGUAGUAAGUACCGGGAUGCCCCGUCGAUGAGUGUGAGCCCAGGUUCAGGAACGAAGAGGUAAGACUGAUACCGUUAGAGCGGUAGGCCCACAAGAGGUUUUAUAUUUGGAACCGGUUAUUGGAUUGCCCCCUCCCUCUGGAGGGAAGAAGCGAAGGAGCAUCGCUUAUCUGGAAAUUAGACGCUCUGUAGUCAGCCUGUCUAAUAUAGGUGAUUUGGGUCAGGCUAAAUCUUGUGUAAAUAGUUUAUGCCGGACACCGGUGUCCUGUCUUGACUAGCGUGUCUAGGUGUAAAUUUCGGUCGCUAGGUCGGGGAGGCCGCGAGACUAAGCAGAUUUUGAUGUACAUUCCGUCUGCUAGUUCUCAACCUAUCUUGGCUAAGUGUGCGCGGUUGUAAAUUCAGCCACUAGACUAUUCAUAGAGUAGAUAGACUAAAUGGGUACUGUUGUAAAUUCCGCCCACUAGUUCGCUAUAUGUGGUGCUUGGGCAGCGUAGACUAACCGAAUCCUGGUGUAAAUAGUUUGAUAGUUCUCGAGGUGCUGGCCAAUUAGAAUAGUUGGGUAUUAUUGUAAAUGUUGUUAAAUAUACUGUAGUUGGUGAAUUGUAUGUCCUGCUAGAAAGCUUGAGCUCUGCCGUCUAGUGGGAGUGUAAAUUGUGUGUAUACUGUAUAAUAGCGCACGGUAUUAUAACCAUUAACAUGUACUAUAACUACUGACGUUGUGUAAAAAUUACUAGAAACUGUUGUCUUAUGUUAUGUGUAACACCAUAACUGUUACUAACUGAUCCGUGACUUUAAAACUGUAUUAUAACCACUUGCUAACUGUACCAUAACCACUGAUUGUAAAGAUGAGGUUACUAGAAUGUGAUAUAGUCGGUUAGUUAAAAGUUGACUUAUAAUGUGGAUAAUUGUAGGGUUUGAUUUAUAGUUACAGAGAUAAGUAUCUAGUGUUUGGUAAAUCUUUGUGAGUGAGACGUCGUGAUAUCACUGUAUGUACGAGAAUUCUCUGCGUGUUUUCGUGUGUGUGUUUGGCCUAGCAACUGUGCCACGUGGUGCUGUUGCCAGGGAAACAAGUGUGAUCGUUGGAAGUGUUUGGGGUAUUGUGUGUCUUUGUAUUAGACGCUCCGUUGCCAGUAUGGGUGCGUCUGACUCAAAGAUUGUUGAUCCCUUGUCGUGUAUGUUGAAAAACUUUGCAAAGGGAUAUAAAAUUUGUGAUUUUGUGGUGAAAUUAUCCCCAAAUGUUUGACUACAUUAUGUAGUAGAGAGUGGCCUAUCUUGGUGACCACAUGGCCUCCACUUGGUAGUCUUGAUCUAACUCUGGUACAACGUGUGCACGCGGCUGUAUCUAGUGGGCCUGAAUUCUAUGAUCAGUUUCUGUAUAUUGAUUGUUGGAAACAUAUUGUGGAAGAAUUGCCUAAAUGGAUUAAGGUAUGCCACGAGGAGCAAUGUCGCCUCAUGGUGGCCAGGACUCGCCUGUCCAUCAGGGCCGCAACCCCGCCCAUUUUAGACUCUCCCUCUGAGUCUGAACUUCCUUCCCCACCCCCUUACUCCUCCUCUAAUGUUAGAGGAGGUGCUGCUGUUGUUGCCACUCCCCCUUUCCCAUUGUCCCUGCCCACUCAUUUAUCUAGUUUAGAGCCCAGCCCACUUGCCCUGAGUCCUCCCCUUCCGGUACCUACCUCCACUAGUUCUAUAUAUCCGGAAUUAACGUCACUUCUGGUUCCUGGUCAGGCUUCUCCCAGCCCGGCCCGCAACAUCCUGUUGACUGAACUUCCGCCCGGUAAAAUUAACCCGCCUCACUCUCCUUACCUUACUACCCCUAGACCGGAACUUACUUUAAAACAGCCUCGCCGAAUUCCUAUAUUAACCCGACAGAUGACUGGUACCCUUCAACCCCGACAUUACCAAAUGCCCCACCAACACACGUUGAUGAAAAUGGCCAAAUACAACGGGCAGAUCCAGUGUUUGUCUAUGUCCCCUUCACCACAACUGAUCUAUUUAAUUGGAAGACUCAUAACUCUGCCAGAAAUUAUUAUUAACUUUAAUUGUGAGGAAAGGACCUGGAUUAAUCAAGCGGCUAUUAAAGCGCUUGAGGAAACGGCCCGUACUCAAAAUCAGGCCAAUUCAGCUGCAUGGGCUGCAGCCCAUUAUCCAAAUGUUGACCCAAAUUGGAAUGUGAAUGGUUCUGAUAUGCCCCAAUUAAGGGCUUAUAGGGAAGCCAUUAUUGCUGGCAUGAAGGCAGGAGGGAAGAAGGCAAUCAAUAUGUCAAAGAUGGCUGAGGUGUUGCAAAAGGUUGAUGAGUCACCUAGUGCCUUUUAUGAAAGAUUUAUUGGAGUUAUAUAGAUUGUAUACUCCUCUUAAUCCAGAGGCCCCUGAGAAUUCUUGAAUGAUUAACUCAGCAUUUGUCAGCUAGGCCCAAAGUGAUAUUAAAAGAAAAUUGCAAAAGUUAGAGGGAUUUGUAGGGAUGUCCAUAUCACAGCUAAUGGAGAUCGCAAAUAAAGUGUAUAUGAAUAGGGAAACUGAGAUAAAGCGGAAGGAAGAACGUAAGAUGAGGAAGAAGGCAGAUAUGCCAACGGUAGCUAUCACAAGUGUAGAAAGACAGGGAAGGGAAGUGAAUAAAGGAGUCAAGAAUAGGCUGAGUAAGGGACCUUUAAGUAGGAAUCAAUGUGCGUUUUGUAGAGAGGAAGGAGAACACAGAGCAUUAUGAAAAUAAUAGACAAGGAGAGUGAAGAGUACGGGGAGGUUAUAGUGGUAGUUUUGGAGGGAACGGUAGGAAUAGUAGAGGGAGUGUUCAAGGAGAUAGAUAUUAUCCACCUACUCAGAGACCGAGAGAGAGUGUAUAGAGAUUUUGUGGGUCUGGCUGACACUAUCAUGGAAGACUGUUGAUACCGACCGGGCUCCAUCCCGCUUGGCCGAGCGGAGCCUAUGGUUGAUGUAGCAAUAGGGGGAAAGAGAAGUUCUUUCAUGAUUGACACUGGUGCUGAACAUUCCGUGGUGACUAAACUGGUGGCUCCGCCUUCAGGAAAAACUGUAACUGGGAGAAGCGCAGCUAGACCAGUUCUUAAAAGUCACACUUGCAUUCUGGGUGGCCAUUUGGUGAAGCACCAGUUCCUAUAUAUGCCAGAGUGUCCGAUUCAACUUCUAGGACGAGAUCUAUUAUCGAAGCUUCAAGCCCAGAUAACUUUUCUACCUAAUGGAUCAACGUCUCUGAGGUUUAAUGGAUUACCAGGCAUAAUGGCAGUAUCGGUGCCAAGGGAAGAAGAAUGGUGCUUCUACUCCAUAAUGACAAGUGUAAACCCUAAGAGUGAUGAACCUUUAUUUGACCUUCCAGGAGUAUGGGCAGAGAAUAAUCCACCUGGGCUUGCUCGUAAUAUUCCACCUAUACAUAUUGAACUAAAGCUUGGGGCCUAUCCUGUGAGCCUACGUCAGUAUCUUAUACCUCAAAAGGCUAAGAAAAACAUACAGACCUACUUGGAUAAGUUCGUAAAGUAUGUCAUCCUAAAAUUCUGUACUUCCCCCAGGAACACUCCAUUAUUACCUGUUCAGAAACCAGGAUCAGAUGAAUAUCGUCCUGUGCAAGAUUUGAGAGCAGUUAAUGAUGCAGUAGUCAAUAUACACCCAGAUGUACCCAACACUUAUAAUCUGCUUGCUUUGAUAACAGGUGGGGCAACCUACUUCACAGUUCUAGACCUUAAGGAUGCUUUCUUUUGCCGGAUUGCUGCUGAGAGUCAGUGUAUCUUUGCUUUCCAAUGGGAAGAUGCUGUUACAGGUUCAAAGCGUCAGAUGACCUGGACCAGACUCCCUCAAGGGUUUAAGAAUUCACCUACCCUAUUUGGAUCUGCAUUAAGUCAGGAUUUGCAAGAUUUCAAGUCCAUCCCAGGAGAAUGUGUAUUGCUUCAAUACGUGGAUGAUCUUUUGAUAGCAGCUGUUGCUAAAGAGAUAUGCCAACAAGCAACUUAUGAUUUGCUUCACAUUCUAUGGAGAGCAGGAUACAAGGCAUCAAGGAAGAAAGCGCAAUUGUGCCAGUCAACUUACAUAUUUAGGAUUCUAUAUUUCCGAAGGUCAAAGAAUAAUGGGACCUGAAAGAAAAGAACCAGAGUGUCUGAUAUCUAUACCUAAGAAUAGAAGACAAGUGCGAGAAUUCUUAGGAGCAGCAGGAUUCUGUAGGAAAUGGAUUCCUAAUGAUGCGAUACUGGCGAAACCUUUAUAUGAAGCUGUGAAAGGCACAGAAUAUGACGCCUUUUUGUGGACCUCUGAACAACAGAAGGCAUUUGAGGAUGUUAAGAAAGCACUUAUGAGUGCCCCAGCCCUAGGUCUACCAGAUCACACGCGUCCUUUCUAUCUGUAUGUACAUGAGCAAAGAAGAAUGACUGUGGGAGUAUUAACUCAGUAUUUGGGAUCAUGGCAAAGACCUAUAGCUUAUAUGUCCAAACAGUUGGAUGCAGUGGCCAGUGGUCUUCCACCUUGUCUGUGAGCAGUGGCCGCCGCUGCCCUGUUGGUAGCAGAAGCUGACAAGCUCACAUUGGGUCAGGAACUCUAUGUGCGAGUACCCCAUGCAGUUCAGACCCUAUUGAAUUACAAAGGAAAUCAUUGGUUUAGCAACAGUCGAAUCACCAAAUAUCAAGCUAUGUAAUGUGAAAAUCCAAGAGUACACCUCGAAACUGUCAAUAAUUUGAAUCCAGCUGCCCUUCUGGCCAAGCUACUGAAAGUCAACAUGAUUGUUUGGAGAUAAUGGAUGAAGUGUUCUCAAGCAGGCCUGAUCUUCAUGAUUUCCCCAUCCAGAAUCUGGACAUACAGUAUUAUACAGAUGGUGGUAGUUAUGUGAAAGAAGGUAUACGUUAUGCAGGGUAUGCGGUAACAACCAUAGACAAGGUGAUAGAAGCACGGCCACUGUCGAAAGGGACAUCAGCACAGAAGGCGGAACUGAUUGCAUUAACAAGGGCUUUGCAAUUAGCUGAAGGGUUGAGAGUGAAUAUUUACACAGAUUCGAAGUACGCUUUUCUAACCAGCCAUUCCCAUGGAUCAUUGUAUAAAGAAAGGGAAUUGUUGAAUUCAGAAGGGAAAGAAAUCAAGUAUGCAGCAGAAAUACUCCAACUGUUAGAGGUGGUAUGGGAACCGAAGGAAGUCGGUAUUAUACAUUGCAGGGCACAUUUGAAAGGUGAUAGUGAUGUAGUAAAAGCAAAUCGCAUGGCCGAUAGUGCAGCAAAGGGCAAGAGGAAUAUGUGGGGUAUGUUGAGGCACUUGUGCCGGCACCUCUGUCUCAAUGGACUCCGAUAUAUAUACAACCCAAGAGAUGGAGUGGUUGAAGACUGAAGCUGGGAAAUAUUUGGAGAAUAAUUGGUAUCAGAAGAUGGAAGAAUAGUUAUUCCGACAUCUCUGGCUAUAGAGAUUGUUCAGAACUUCCAUAAUGGUACACGUUCAGGAAGAGAUAGUAUGGAAGAAUCUCUCCGGAAACAUUUCUACAUACCAAGAUUAUCCAAUCUUACUCAAGCUAUUGUUCGAAGAUGUGUUUUGUGUGCUUGAAACAAUGCAAGACAAGGCCCUGUCAAACCCCCUGGAGUUCAAUAUACAGGAGGACUCCCAAUGUCCGAUUUGCAAAUAGACUACACUGUAAUGCCUAAAUCUGGGGGAUAUUGUUACUUGUUGGUAGCUGUGUGCACCUACUCAGGUUGGGUAGAAGCUUGUCCAACUCAUACAGAAAAGGCAGGAGAAGUUGUACGAUUUCUGUUGCGAGAAGUUAUACCCAGAUAUGGACUUCCAUGUUCUAUCGGAUCAGACAAUGGUCCAGCCUUUAUCCAUCAGUGUUUACAACAAUUGACUCAUGUGCUUGGUAUUAAGUGGAAACUUCAUACAGCAUAUAGACCUCAGAGUUCUGGAAAGGUGGAAAGAAUGAACAGAACAAUAAAAACCCAAUUGGCUAAAAUGUGUCAGGAAACUCAGCUCAAGUGGAAUGUCCUUUUGCCAAUAGCUCUGUUGCGGAUACGUAGUACUCCUACCAGAAGAAUGGGUCUGUCUCCCUUUGAAAGCGUGUAUGGGCGUCCACCUCCCAUACUCAGUAAUUUAAAGGGGGACUUGAAUCAGUUGGGUGAAGGAAUUACUCGGCAGCAGGUUGUAGAGUUGGGUAAAACUAUGGAGGAAGUACAGAAAUGGGUGCAAGAUAGGUUACCUGUGAACAUAUAUCCACCUGUUCAUUCCUAUCAACCGGGAGAUCAAGUGUGGAUAAAAGAAUGGAAUAUUGUUCCAUUAGGUCCAAAGUGGAGGGGUCCUUAUGUUGUUCUUUUAUCUACUCCAACAGCUGUAAAGGUGGCAGAAGUGACUCUGUGGAUUCAUCAUUCUAGGGUUAAACCAGCAGCAGAUUCUUGGCAAGCUAUUCCAGAUUCUGAAAAUCCUUGCAAGAUCCGGUUAAAGCGGGUAGCUCAGUUGGAGUGAGAAAUAAUACGAGGAGAUAUUGAGACAUCUUAGUUGAAAGUAACAACAGAUAUCCGCAAGUAGGUAUUUUGACGGCCAUAAUAAAGCCUGACCACCUACCUACGUGUCAUAGCCAGAGUGUCUCGAAGGGAGUUCUGUGAAGAAAAGUGAGGAUCAGAAGAACGAUAAUCCUUGUAGCCCUCACAAUCGGGAAGCUGAGGUGCCGUCGCACGGUCGAAGAGUAGAAAUUAGGACUUUUGAAAUAAUUUUAUAUUAUGUGUUUAGGCAUUUUUUAUUUUUAUUUAUUAUUAUUUUUUUUUUAGGAAGGUAAAGGUGAGGACAUGCAGAGUUGUGUUAGCUGCAUUAAGACUACAAAAACAGGUAACCAAAUAUCCCAAACUCUCAUUUGGCACUCACAGUAUGAGUGUAGGGGAUCUGUAUCUAAGUGUAGCUAUCUAGAUAUAGAUUACAAUGUGUGCAAACCAAUAUCAGGAGAGCCUAAAUGUUUUGAUCCCCAAUUCCAACCCCGUACAAUUUGGUUGGUAAUUCGGAACAGUAACUCCCAGGAGACUUUGAUAAAUAGGACUGUGAUCAAUACCAUGCAUUCUACUAUUUGAUGCAUGUAAGGCAAUCUCUGGUAGUGGAAAACCUUGGAAUGUAUGUGGUAAUCUUUAAAUGGGAACGAAUUUAUGGGUUUAAUUAUAAAUAUUUAUGUCCCAGUAAGAGAUCUACUGAUCCUGGUUGCCCAGAUAGGGAUUUUAAUUUUUGUCCAUAUUGGUCUUGUGUAGGGUGGGUGACCUGGGGAAAAACAGUGGAUCAAGAUAUGAUUAUCCAAAGGUUGCCCACUACACCACACUGUAAAUCUAUGGAAUGUAAUCCUGUCCAUAUGACCAUCUCUAAUCCACAAAAUUUUUAUUGAUAAGUUUGGAAAUCUAUUUGGGUUCCAAAUAUAUGGCACAGGAGUAGACCCAGGGACCAUAAUAUAUGUAGGACUUGAAACUGAGACGAUGGCAACUCAAACUCAUCAGGUUUUUCAUUCCUUCUAUGAGGAGAUGAGUGUUGAGGAUAAAAUUCCCCAUAAUGUUAAGAACCUAUUUAUUGAUUUGGCUGAGAGUAUUGCGGGUAGUCUUAAUGUAACGAAGUGCUUUGUAUGUGGAUGUACUAAAAUGGGAGACCAGUGGCCAUGGGAGGCAAAGGAAGUAUGGUACCCUGGUUCUGAGACAGAUGAACAACAAAUACUUUCUCAGUCUGAUCAUCAAGUAAGUACUAGAGGUAAAUCAGAGUGGCGGUUAAAAACCUCCAUUAUAGGUCAUGUAUGUUUAGCCAGGAAAGGGCCAUUGUAUACCACACCUGUUGGCAAGUUAAUAUGUCUAGGACAGAGAGCCUAUAAUGCCGAUACUAAAGAUACUACUUGGUGGUCAGCUUCAAAUGUCUCAGAGCCUACUAAUCCGUUUGCCAAUAACACCCAUUUAAAAGAGGUAUGGUUUGACUUAUCUGCUACAUCCAAUUGGAAAGCCCCGGUGAAUUUAUAUUGGAUCUGUGGUAAGAAAGCAUAUUCAGAGUUAAUACAAGAUUGGGAAGGGGCAUGUGUUUUAGGUAUGCUCAAACCAUCCUUCUUCCUGUUGCCAAUUGAGACAGGAGAGACCUUGGGAGUUAAGGUUUAUGAUGUAAAUCAUAAAAAGAAGCGAGCAUCCUUGAAUAUAGGUAGCUGGGAAGAUGAUGAGUGGCCUCCCCAACGCAUUAUUAAUUAUUAUGGACCUGCUACUUGGGCAGAAGAUGGUACCUAUGGAUAUAGAACCCCAAUAUAUAUGCUCAACCGUAUUUUAAGCCUACAGGCGGUGGUUGAGAUUAUCACUAAUGAGAGCAAAAUACUCGGAUGAGAUCAGCCAUCUAUCAAAAUAGAUUAUCUCUGGACUACCUAUUAGCAGUAGAGGGAGGUGUAUGCGGACAGUUUAAUCUCAGCAACUGUUGUUUGCACAUAGAUGAUGAAGGGCAGGCAGUGGCUGAAUUUACAAGCCACAUGGUUAAAGUGACGCAUGUACUUACUCAGGUCUGGAAUGGUUAUAAUCCUAGUAGUUGAUAUGAGCAGCUUGGAGGGAUUAAGGCGUUCGUAGGAGGAGUACUAUUUAUUAUAUUCUUAUGUCUCUUUCUGCCCUGCCUAAUUCCAUUAGUGGUCAGAUCUAUACGUAGUAUCAUAGAGAGUACUAUAGAAAGAAAGACAGCUGCUCAUGUAUUGGCUGUCUAUAGAUAUGAAUCCCUAGCCCAAAUAGAACAUAUUCAGGAUGAGGAAUGCAGAAGGAGUUUGUGAUGAUGCUAAGAUGCUUACAAGGUCUGCUCUGGUCCAAUGAUGCUUACAAGGUCUGCUCUGGCUACUUGAGAGGUGUUGGUAAACUAUGAUUGGUGAUGCAUAUGGAAUAAUUUUGUAUCAGAGGCAUCAAAGGGGGGAAUGUGAUGGAAUUUCGGUGAAAUGUAAAUUUAGUAGGCCAAGAUUUCCACAUGGCAUGUCUAUGUUGUAUCAGUUAGUUACACGUAGCUAAGAUACUGUCAUCAAUGUACUGAGCAUGUGCAGGAAUGCAGGAACUGAAAUUACACUCCUUUCUCCUUUGUUUUGGAUGAUCCAUGUGGUCUGCCCCUUUGAGGAAAUCCAAAUCCUGUCCACUGAUUGGUUAAGGGUAUGUACAUGUGGAGCUAUUAAUGGGAGGAGUUAUAGUUCUAUAUAAAGCAUGUACUCCAUGUGUUUGUCCCUCAGACCUGUUUUGGAACGUUAGUUCAUCUGAGGCCCGAUCGGUAUGUUAAUAAAGACCUCUUACUUCCUGAAAACCUGCAUCCAUCUCUCUGUGUCUGGCUUCUGCAUGUGUACUCGGUUACAAUACAGAGCGGCCCUUCGUCAUAGUGUGUACUUCAUGUUAGAAACACUUGCAUUGAUUAAUAAUUGUAUUUUGACUUUGUAUUUCAGGUGAAGAUGUUGAGAGUGUUCAGUUGGAAGUGAGUGGAUUUUUAAAGGAGCUUUCCUGUCCCUAUCCUUCACUUGUUUCUGGAGACAUCAAGGAUAGACUUCAAUCCAAGGAGGACUGUCUGAGGCUGCUGUGUGAGUGCACCCAUUGCUUUUCUUCUCUCACUCGUGAAUCUGAGAUUAGUAAUGGUACAUGAGUAAAGUAAGGGAAGUCCAGGCUACUUUAGAGUGCUUUCUUUGUUGCAACAUUAUCAGAAUUAUUCAUUAAAUGGUCAAAAUACAAAGGAAAUCUCAAAUUAUAGGUCAUAAUUGUUGACCUAUGAACAUGAAUCAUAGCUGACUUGUAAAAUAUGUCCCGUUUUGUUUAUCUUGGUUUAAGAAUGUUUAAUUCACUUUGAAUUCAUUGCCAGUCACACUUUAUUGAAUAACCCUGUCAAUCACUAAAACAGGAAGUAUAAUGAAUCAAUAAAAAAAAAAAAAAAAAAUGGAAAGUUUAAGGCUGCAAUCGUACAGUUUGAGAAAUUGUCCAACUAUGUUAUAUUUACGUUUUUUGUUAUAUUGGCAUAAAAUAUGCAAUUCUCAUGCCAUUUCUCCACGAUUUAUGGUUCAAUGAAUAGACCUAAAAUGUUUUUACAAAAAGGUUUGCUUUUACCCACCAUGAUAUAAAUGCUAAUAUUUGCGAUUUGUCGUUUUAUAGGAUAUUGUAUAUCUUUUUAACUUCUUAUAACUGAGUUAAUUUACAACCUUUUGAGCUGUCUUAAAGGGACACUAUAGUCACCAAAAUAACUUUAGCGUAAUUAAGUAGCUUUGGUGUAUGGAUCAUGCCCCUCUAGUCUCACUGCUCAAUUUUCUGCAAUUUAGGAGUUAAAUCACUUUUUUUUUUAAUACAGCCCUAGUCACACCUCCCAGCCUUCAUAUACAAUUCCUGUAAAGCAAGAUCUAAUGUUCAAACUGCUUUUAUUGCACAUUCUGUUUAAUUUAUAAUUUACCUCCGCUGCUUUUAAUAGCCUGCUAGAGCCUACACGAAUGUGUGAUUAAAGUUCCAUUUACAGAUCUGAUUAAAAAUUAGAAAAAAAUUUCAUGCAGGCUGUGUCAGUCACAGCCAGGGGAGGUGUGGCUAAGGCUGCAGAAACAAGAGUGAUUUAACUCCUUAAUGGGAAAGAAUUCAGCUGUGAGAUUGCAGGGGGUUGAUUUAUUCACCCCCAAAAAAUUGUUUUGUUUUGAUUCCUAUAGUAUCCCUUUCAAUAUUUGUGUACUUCAAAAAAAUAAAUAAAAAAGAGCAUUAGUUAACCCUUUCACGCCAUUAGAGCAUGACAUGCUGUCCUGCAGUAGGAGGGCUUAAACGCCAUAGCACUCCCUAACCAUUUAGCCCUCACUAUAACAAUGUCUGUGGUGUUAAUCACUGCAAAUUUGAGAUUUCUGUGGAAAAAACAGGUGUUAUGGCUUAACUGGUGUGCAGAUCUUUGUUUAACAUUGUAUUUGUUUAACAUUGUACUAGCCACUGACUUCAGGUGAAAGGGGUUUUCAAUCACAAUUUAUUCCCCACCAUAACAUUCUUUGUUUUUCUUUGCAUAUAUUUAUUCAAUACAUUGUUAAACACAGAUCUGCACACCAGUCAAGUCAAAAGACUUGCUUUUCCAACAGAAUUCUCACAUUUGCAGUGAUGCUACUAUUGGAAAGGAUUCUGGGUGGGCAUAUGCAAAUAAGAUAUAAUAACCCCUUUCAGUGCUGGUCGCAGCUGUUUGAUCUGCAAUCACUGUUAUUUUAAUUUUUGUGUUGGGUAUUCUAUUGGUGGAAGUGGGAAAUAAGGGUGUGGUAGUGUGUAUUAGGCAGGUGGGCAAAUAAAAUGACCCCUUAGUGACAUAGCUUAAAUUAAUCCCCCUUAGAUGGCAUGCGGAGAAAGUGUAUGCCAUUCUGGCAUGCUCAGAUAGGGACACUUUCGCAGACAGUGACACUAUGACAGUGUUUGACAUUGAGGCCCCAAGUGAGUCCAUCAGUGAUGGUGCCACCGCCGCCACCAUCUACAAGAAGGUGCUUAGGACACCCCACAGUGCCAGAGGAAAUUUUAAAUACCCCUAAACUUGACAGCCCUAGAAAUAACCCCACGGCUAUAUCUGACAUCACAGCAUCGGUAUAUGUUGGAGCCAGUGAACUGUUUUAGCCUCUUGAUGUCAGACGACAUUACAGUAGAAAUAAAUGUUGUAUCCCGCUGAUGUUGCAGAAAAAAAAAAAAAAAUACUAUGGCUAUACAGGGCUUUUGCAUUUAUCAAGGGAAGGAUAGCCAUCGUGACCCCCAGGAUGUGGGUACAAAUUGCAAGAUUGAGUGGGAUCUGAUCCUUCCCAUGUUAAAUAAGGGUUAUCAUCCAUGGGUUGAUGGUUAUAUUAUUUAAAUUUUUUGGACAAUUUGGACAAAGCUUGGUAUCUGAGUCAUGCCAUAUUUUGUGUGCGUCUUGUUUGGCCUUAGGCUAUACAUAAGGGGCAUCUUCAGGUAGAUGUGUUUUGGGCUGUAGAUGAGCAAUUGCGUUUGAAUUUGUGUACUGUUUGGUAGAGGGGUGAGGGGGAAGUGGGUGAGCAGCGAUAAGGGAGCAGGAAAUGAAUGGCUUCGAGGGGGAAGGCUGUGAGAAGAUGUAGAAGACGUGAAUGUAUGAUAGAGUAAAAAUGAGAGAGAAAGAGGGGGAAAAAAGUGGGGGGGGUGGGUUACAGUAGUGUAGUUCAGGUUCGGCAAAUUAGCGGUUGAUGGAGGGUGUCAUCGUUGUGUGUGGACUGGCUCUCUACUGCCUUUGGGGGUCUAAGUGUGUUGUCUGGUCUGUCACGGGCUGCCCUCUGACUGGGAGGACAAGCUUGUCUGGAUGUGGGGAGGUUUCAAAAACUAAUCCUGGUGAUAUAGUUCAACCGUGGGUACCAAGUCAAGACACAUUUGGCAGUGCGGCCUCUCAGGUCUGCGGUCAGGGUCUCCUUGCUAUGGAUCUCUUCUAUCCUGGCAGCUCAUCGCUGAAAGGUAGGAGCACCUGUCUGUUUCCAUAGUGUUGGGAUUAGGGACUUUGCCGCUGUGAGUAGGUGGGUAGUUAGGGAAUUCAUGUAUGAGGCGAUGGGACUGUUCAUGUGGUGAAGAAGAAUCGGAAGAGGUUGUAGUGGGAGGUCUGUGCCUGUAAUCUCACAGGUUUUAGAAUGCACCAUAGCCCAGUAAGGGGGCGAUGACUGGGCAAGACCACCAGAUGUGGAGAUUUGUGCACUCUUUCCCUCCGCAGUCCCAACAGCCGGGAUCUCUGACUUCAUGAUGUGUAGGACGUCUUGCGUCCGAUACCAGGGUGUUAAGAGCUUGUAGCUUAGUUCCUGGUACUUGGAGCUAAUGGAGCACUUAUGCGUCAGGGUGAGAAUUUUGUCCCAUUCACUGUCUGUAAGCGCCUCCCCCACAGCUCUUUCCCAUCUCGAGGUAAACCCGAGUGGUGGUCUAUCACAUCCUGUAACUAGUAUAGUGUGGAGAAUGGAGAUCCCUUUGUUUAAUAUUUCAUGUGUCGUGCAUAGUUGUUCGAAUUGUGUAAGGGGUUUGUGAAACUGUGUUCACCCCGCAGCAGGUGCAAUAGGAGCGUAUUUGGUGAUAUCGAAACCUUUCCAUGUGGGCUGGCUGCCUGUCAGGGAUCAGUUCAGCAAGGGUCUUUAGCUGAGUCGAGGUGCACCAAUGAUGGAUACAUGUCCAGUUCGAAGCCUAGAAGCUGGCCGGUCACAGGCUGCCCACGAGCUCCCGGGUUGUGUGUUAUGGGUUGGUUUUGGGGAUGUGGUUAAUGGAUUUGAGUAGCGAGUUGAGCACCAGACCUUGAGCAAUGCGUCUCUUGUAGGAUUGCCUGUGCGGAGUGUCCCGUACGGUACUCCUCGAGCCAGUGUAGGGAGGGGAUUUUGCCCUCCAUCUGUUGGGUUUCCAUUGUCACCCACAGUUUCUUUGGUGCCUUUGCAUGCCAUUCAACCAAUCUUUGUAGGUGGGUUGCGUGAUAGUAUGUGACCACCGACGGGAGGCCAGCUCCUCCUGUGUGCUUGGAGAGGAUCAGUUGGGUGCACCGUAUUCGAAAAAAGUUAGCGGGAUUUCUACCAGUAGGGCCUGGAACAGAUAUAGUAAGAGGUUGAUGGUUAUUAUACCAGUAUGGAUUUAUUUAAUAUAUUUUGUUUUAAAACCCUAGCUUGUGGCACAGCGCGUAAAACAUGCAGAGGUUUUCCCCAAACCCUGACAUGCAGUAGAGGCUCAGCUUCAGCUCUCAUGAUACAAUGCACAACAAUAGCACAGUGCCAGUGUAUGUCAGAGGAAGAACUGAGCAGUUGGAAAAAAUCAAAGUGCAUUGUUAAACUAGCAUGUAUAUGGGGGGAGUGGACUUGGCUGAUCAAUGUAUACAGGCUUAUCUGCUGAACUGAAAAAGUAGGUCCUGGUACAAGACAAUUGCAAUAUAUUUAGUCAAUUAUCACUUCCUAUUUGCUGUAUAAAAGGCCGCCAUAGGGAAGCCAUACCCAUUUCUUAAUUAUUAUUAUGUUGAAACUUUUGUCUGAUAUUUUAUUUACCCAGUCCCCCAAUCCACCCUCUUCGGAAUCAGAUGAUGUCCAAAGACUUUGUGGCAAGCACUUUCCUUCACAAAUCCCCCACGCACACCCUGAAUAAGUCGACCCAGAGAAAGGACCCUUUCUGGCCAUCUCAAUCUGCCCUCUGCAUAACAGACUGUGUCAGAGUCUACCAUACAGAGCUAAACUGUUGCAUCACUCCGUGUGUGACUUUCUCAGUGUGUUUGUUUAUUUUGGAUAUCUGACCUGGGCUUGUCAUGAUUUCUCUUUGUUAGCUGCCUGUACAGACGUAUUGACUUGUUAUAUCAACUACUCUGACUUCUGGAUUCCCCUUACCUUGGUCCGUCCUUGUUUAAGUUAAGUCCAGGCAUUCUAUAGUGCAGGGCUCGACAAAUCCCAGGUUGCCAUGGCAACUUGAAAUUUCGCAUUGGCGUUUGUGAUCUGUCAGCUCUUUAGCUAAAGCAGCUGUCUGGGCAAACUAUGGAGCUAGCCGCCAUUUAAAGAAUAGAGGCGGACGGUUUAAGGAGCCCUGGGGAGCAUGGAGGUGAUUGGCUGAGGCAGUGCGCGUGGGAGCAGUGAUCUUCCUGCAUCUUCCUGCAUCUUCUCUCUGCUCCCUCCCACUAUAUAGUGAUGCCGUAGCCGGAAUAUGACAUAAUUCAGGCCCCCGGCAUCACUACAGGGAGCAGAGAGAAGCUGCAGGAAGAUUACUGCUCCCUCGCACGCAGGAAGAGAGAGAAGUCACACUGGACCCCAGGGAAAGAUCUACUCUGCUCUCCCAAAGGUAGGCUGUGUGGAUUGAAAUAAAAAAUUUAAAUUGGUGUGUGUGUGUGUGUGUGUAUGCCUCUGUCAGUGUGUCUGUCAGAGAGUGUGUAUCUGUUUAGGUACCUGCCCCCCUCCGAUCUCAGAGAAGUGUUUUUUACUCUCCUUUUUUCCGACAACGUGCCAGUUUCGCCACGGCUUGUCCCGCCUCCAUAGCUGAGAUCAAUGUUUAUAAACUCAGCUAAGCCAAUGCUUUCCCAUAAAAAAGCAUUGGGAGGAUAUUGUGCAAGUUCUCUAUGGGUAACAUUCAGCGCAUCCAUGCAGAGCACUGACACAGGACUCUCUAGUGGCCGUCUGAAAAUGCAGCAUUUACAUUGAAAAGGCUAUAGGCACCAGAACAACUUCAUCAAAGAGACACUAUAGUCACCCGAACAACUUUAGCUUAAUGAAGCAGUUUUGGUGUAUAGAACAUGCCCCUGCAGCCUCACUGCUCAAUCCUCUGCCAUUUAGGAGUUAAAUCCCUUUGUUUAUGAACCCUAGUCACACCUCCCUGCAUGUGACUUGCACAGCCUUCCAUAAACACUUCCUGUAAAGAGAGCCCUAUUUAGGCUUUCUUUAUUGCAAGUUCUGUUUAAUUGAGAUAGCUUGCUAGACCCUGCAAGAGCCUCCUGUAUGUGAUUAAAGUUCAAUUUAGAGAUUGAGAUACAAUUAUUUAAGGUAAAUUACAUCUGUUUGAAAUUGAAAUCAGUUUUUUUUUUUUUUUUUUUUAAUGCAGGCUCUGUCAAUCAUAGCCAGGGGAGGUGUGGCUAGGGCUGCAUAAACAGAAACAAACUGAUUUAACUCAUAAAUGACAGUGAAUUGAGCAGUGAAAUGAUCUAUACACUAAAACUGCUUUAUUUAGCUAAAGUAAAAUUAGGUGACUAUAGUGUUCCUUUAAUCUGUAGUGAUUCUGGUGACUAUAGUGUCCCUUUAAGAUUUGUAUGUUUCUCUUUGUAAAUUUAAACUUUGCUAGUUUAAAAAAAAAACUGUCUCCUAACUUUUUUAGCUGGCUCCUAGAUUCCAAACACAUUUGUCAAGCUCUGAUAUGGUGGCUACCCAAAACAACUCAAAAUCCUACUUCUAGAAUACUUGUUAAAAUGGUAUGCCAUUGUGGGGCAAUUUUCUUUCUUAGUCAGUCAUGUUCUAUUAAAGGCGAUAUGGGCCCAGAAAAUCAGUGUGUCAAUAUUUCUAAUAUUUUGCAGUGAGACUUACCAAAAAGACCUUAAAAACCGAUAUGUGGGGGUACUGUUAUAUUAGUGAUACAAUGUGAAUCAAAACUACUGAGGCCUUAUUGCACAAACUCCUAUCAGGAUUAUUACAUUCCCUGUGAAAAUGGAAUUCAUAAACAAAACACAACAGAAAAGUUGACCAGCAUUUGUUUUAAAGUGGCCAGACCAAACCAUUCGAGGACUGUCAUUUGCGGGAAUUCACUUGGACUCUAAUACUUACUAGACUUUUUUUUUUAAUCGACGCCCAAACAAACUGACUUGCCCACGAUUUACCUGUGGAGUCUUAUUCAUUGAAUAAGACUGUACAGGUAAAUCCCAGAAGGAUGGAUUAGUUUGGGCAUAGAUUAAAAGGAAUUUCAUUGUGACGCAGAAGUCUAGUACUUAGCAGGUUUUUCUUUCAAUCAGUAUUUCUAGGCACAGAACUUCAAGCCAUGCAGAUCUUCCAUAGCAGGAAGCAAACGGACACAGAGAAGAAUGACCCUGCCUACCUGGAAUUGAAAGCAAUAUGUGACGCACUCCACUUACCUGAGCAGCCUUCUUCUGAUAUCAUGUCAAUACUGAAGAUUGUGGAGGCCAAGGUGAGGAACAUACCUCUUUCCCUGUCCUAUGAGUAACCACCACGCAUCAUGUAUUGGCUCUAUAAAGGGCAUAGUUAAAUGUACAUUCUUAGAACCAAAAUCUUGGUUCUAAUAUAAUCAAUCAUAAUAUAAUAUAUUCUAUUAUAAUAAUAUAUCUUAAUGUAGUGUUUUGGUGCAAAGAUCCUGUCCAUGCACUCUGAUAAAUGAAAGCUUGCUGUUUGUUAGAAAUGGCAAUGUUUGCAUUUCUCAUUUAUGAUGCUUCUGGUGGCUAUAGGAGAGCCACUAUAGGCAUUUCUUCAUUGAAGCAUCCAAUAGGUAGAGCACAGUGAUUGCAUUGCAUGCACCAUAGAGACCCAGUGCCCCACUGUACUAUAAAAACAUAGAAUGUGACGGCAGAUAAGAACCGUUUGGCUCAACUAGUCUGCCCAAUUUUCUAAAUACUUUCAUUAGUCCCUGGCCUUAUCUUAUAGCUAGGAUAGCCUUAUGCCUUUCCCACGCUUACUUAAACUCCUUCACUGUGUUAACUUCUACCACUUCAGCUGGAAGGCUAUUCCAUGCAUCCACUACCCUCUCCGUAAAGUAAUACUUCCUGAUAUUAUUUUUAAACCUUUGCCCCUCUAAUUUAAGACUAUGUCCUCUUGUUGUGGUAGUUUUUCUUCUUUUAAAUAUAGUCUCCUCCUUUACUGUGUUGAUUCCCUUUAUGUAUUUAAAUGUUUCUAUCAUAUCCCCCUGUCUCGUCUUUCCUCCAAGCUAUACAUUUGAGAUCCUUUGACCUUUCCUUGUAAGUUUUAUCCUGCAAUCCAUUAAUCAGUUUAGUAGCCCUUCUCUGAACUGUCUCUCCAAAGUAUCAGUAUCCUUCUGAAGAUACCUCCAGUACUGCGUACAGUACUCCAAGUGAUCACAAUGAUCUCACAUUUGACAGAGCAGCUACAGUGCCUUUAUUCAGAUGGCUGUACUUGAUGAUAUCUGCAGGUGAUCCUAUUAGAAAGAAUUAAUGCUGUUACAGGGUAGCCAGAAAACCUUUAAUUAUGGUGUCCUUAUAUGCCAUCAGUGCAACCUGGAAUAUAGUCACUAACUAAAAAAAAAAAAAUAUAUUAUAUCCAGGGUCUAUCACCACAAUGAAGGGAUUCUUUUUUUGUAGUUUGAAAAUAGUAAAGGAAAUGACAAAAGAAAUAUGGUUCUAAAAAGAGAUUGGUGGGUUUAUUUUUUUUUUAUUUUUUAGUAAUGUUGUGAAUAUUUUUCUAAAUGUAAGUGUUACUCUAACACAGGUUUCCCCAAACUCCAGCCCUCCAGAUGUUGCUGAACUACAACUCCCAUGAUUCUCAGCCUAUAUUUCAUUCAUAGAAUCAUGGGAGUUGUAGGUCAGCAACAUGUGGAGGGCCGUAGUUUGAGGAAGCCUGGUCUAACCCUUUAUAUAUGGACUUUGUUAUGAAAAGGUUGUUAAUUGAGCAGCGCCAACGUUUCAGACCCAGUCUUGGUCCUUUCUCAAAAGGUCUUCAGGCUCCUGGGGACCGAGAAUCUCACUAAACUGUUUAAUAGUGAUGCACAACCCGGUAUCCAUGGACACCAAGCACCAUAACCACUUCAGUAUGCUGAAGUGGCUAUGCUGUGUGCAGUGUUGCUUUUAUCCUGAGAUGAUAGAGCUAUGUGGUAACAAUAUUUAACAUUUUCUAAACCGAAAAAAGAAAAAGCUGACUAGGUCAAAUACAUGACUAAUUAGAAAUAUAAUAUAAUCUAUGCACUACAUAGUAAAGACCUGUUAACUGUCCAUGUAAUAUUUAGUCCUUCUCGAAUUAUCCUUCAGCCUAAGUUAUUGUUUUACUCUUUGUGCAGGUCACAGACAUCAUGUCGCAAGUGAACACAAAGCAUGUUGGACCAAUGUUGCUUAAAUCGGAACUGAAUGAAGAACAGCUGGUGAGAGACUGCAAAUGAACACAAUGUACAAACUAUUAUAACAUGUUCUAGAUUCUAGCUCCAUGUAGUAGAUCCAUAGAAGGGAACGGUACAGAGAAGUUUUGACUAUAAAUGGCACAGAUUUAGACCUAAAACACGAUUUUCUGUAUAGUUGGAGUAAAUAAAAAAAACAGGUGAUUUGUUGUACUGUUACAUAAUAUAAAGCACUGAUCCCUGGCCAAACAAGCUGUAGCUUAAAGGACCACUAUAGGCACCCAGACCACUUCAGCUUAAUGAAGUGGUCUGGGUGCCAGGUCCAGCUAGGUUUAACCCUUUUUUUCUAUAAACAUAGCAGUUUCAGAGAAACUGCUAUGUUUAUAAUAGGGUUAAUCCGUCCCCUAGUGGCUGUCUCAUUGACAGCUGCUAGAGGCGCUUACGUGCUUCUCACUGUGAUUUUUCACAGUUAGAAGACGCCAGCAUCCAUAGUAAAGCAUUGAGAAUGCUUUCCUAUGGACUGGCUGAAUGCGCGGCUUUUGCCACGCAUGCGCAUUCAGCCGAGGAGGAGGAGGAGAGUCCCCCGCCCGGUGCUGGAGAAAGAGGUAAGUUUAACCCCUUCCGCCUCCUAGAGCCCGGCAGGAGGGGGACCCUGAGGGUGGGGCACCCUCAGGGCACUACAGUGCCAGGAAAACGAGUAUGUUCCUGGCACUAUAGUGGUCCUUUAAGAGACAAAAGCACUUUACCAUCUUAGUCCAGUCAGCACUCUAAACUCUUUAAAGGAACACCAAACGCUAGCUGUAGUGAUUAUGGUGUCCAGAUUUCUCUGGCUCGUCCCAACCUCCCUUAAUGUAUGUAGUCAAACCUUUUUUUGAACAGUUUACCUCAUACCAGGGUCUGCUGGUUGCUUGUCUUUGCCUACACUACUAAUUGCAAUUGAAAUUGUCAUUUCUACGACUAUGGUCAAUGGGGGCUUGCAGUUACAGGUAGAGAUGCGCCGAAUAUGGGUCACAUCUGCCAAAAAUAGGGCAGAGUGACUUGUCGGGUCCUCUGUACAAGAUGGUCCCGCAGCUUGCCCUGUGUGCAGCGGUGUGCAAGGCCCUUCCCGUCUGCCCGGGGAGAGAGCCAGUACCGUCUACAGCUCCGACUGCUGUGAGCUGCAGCCUGUGCUGUAUCUCGCGAUAUCUGUCAAAUCCGAGUGUUUCUGUGGGUUACCACAGCAACACUCUGACUUCUGGAGCUUGCGAGAUACAGCACAGUCUGCAGCAAACACCGGUCGAAGCUGCAGACUGGGGUGACAGACCACUGGACCACCUACAAAAAAAAAGAAGGUAUUUCUAACACCCUCCCUCACUGUCACCAGUCACCCCCUCCCUCUGUCACUCUCACCAGUCACCCCCACUACACACUACAUCUCGAUACUGCACCACACCAUGUUCCCUACACACACUAUAUACACUACAUCCCUUUCCCACACCUCACUAUAUUCCAUACAAACACUACAUAACCUACACAAAUCAUUUGGGGGGGAAAAGUAAUUUUCGGUUUUUGGCCAAGGGCAUCCUGAAUUUUCGUUUUCGGACAAGAAUUUACAUUUCGCUGCAUCCCUAGUUAAAGGGACAUUGUAAGCACUAUAGCUGCUCCAUUUUGUUGAAGUGGUUAUAAUGUCUGAAGUCCCCGGGUGCUAUCCUUCUAUUUAGCAUUGUACCAUGUUUUUAAUGCUAAACAAGAUUCCCCAGGAAUUCAUACAGUCUGUGCUGCUUGGGUUAAUGAAGCAUUAGCUCGAGCAUUAAUGGGUUGCAAUGAUUGGCUGACAGUGUCACCUGACCUCAAUCAGCCUAUCACAGUGCCAUUGCAGGUAUGAAUCGGUAUGGCUACAAGAAAGUGUGUAAUGUCUGCGUUAGCCGUUAUACAUUUAGUGGGUAUGGAACUUUGUGAAGCAUGGGGUUCUCAUUUACUGUUAAACAGAUCACAAAUGGUUUAACACUGAAUGGAGGGGCAGUGCCAGGGGAUUAAAAGCAAUAUAACUCAGUAAGGUAAAAUGGAUAUCUUGCCUACAGUGUCACUUGAACCCCUAAAUCAAGUGAAGUACUUUAUGGGUGUGGAGUGUCCUAUUCAUUAUAAUCUUUAAGAGGCCACUCCACGGUGGAGAAUGAAUUAUGCAUAAAAAAAAAUAUGCAAACAAAUCCAAAACACAAGACAAGAACAUUGUGAAACAUACUUUUUGAAGUUUCUUCUUAUGUAGCUUAUCCUCAGGGUUUACAUCUUCUGCAGGGACAUCCCACCCACUCAAGCUGUUCAGCCUAUCCUGAUUCUUACAUGGUUUGUUUUAGUGAGGUUCAGUAGACAAUCGUUUUAUAGUGUUUGCAUUAAUAACUAAUUAUGUGCAGAGAGUCUGGGACAGGGUAUUCUUACACCAAUUACAUCAUAACAACAUAUGCUAAUUACAGUUAACUCUGCAGACUGUGUAAAUGGUAGAGAGUAUGUAUUCAAAACAUUUCCAUUCCUGCAUUGUAUAGCGUGACAGUGUUUCUUUUUUCCCUUUAGGACAGCCUGGAGAAAAUAAACGAAGCCCUUUCCAAGGAAUAUGAGUGUCGACGCAGGAUGUUAAUAAAGCGUCUGGAUGUGACUGUUCAAUCGUUUGGAUGGUCAGACAGAGCAAAGGUUAGUGUAAUGUGUACAUGCAGUACUUCUAAAUGUACAGCUGGUGGCAGCACUGUCUUAUAGAAAGCAACGUGGACAAAAACAGCUAUGUUCAGUCCUUAAGGGCUUAAUGGCAAGUACUGCAUGACAUUUUUUUGUACAUACAUCUCUGAGAACUUUGACAAUUUUGUAGUCUUUGUUCAGUCAUAAAUUGUAUCAAUUCAUAUUGCGUCUCAUGUCUCGGAGUAUGGAUACUUCCACUGACCAUUAUGUGUGAACAGUCGAGGAGACCGUAAAAUCACAUUGUGACAGUUUGUUAAAAAAGUUGAAGACACACAGAAACAUAGACUGUGACAGCAGAUAAGAACCAUUCAGCCCACCUAGUCUGCCCAAUAGUAAAGCUGGCUCAAACUGCAUGCCUUGAAUAAAUCACCAUUUGGACUUUAGCUGGGUCCUUCCCAAAAUUAUAUCCAUUAUACCGCCAGAGAACGCAGGUUCAGGGGGUUUUUCACUUCCGGGUUCGGCGUCGGGACGCAUCCUGCGUCAUCACGUCCCGACAUCUAUUCUUAAUUCCGGUUCCAAUUACGUUAAGACGUGUCAGAAACGUCAUAACAACGAAGUCCAUACAGAUAAAGUUUAUAAAAGCGGAAAAGUGCUACCUAAAUUGAUAAUUAUGCAAACAAAACUUAUGACCGCAUUUAAAUACUAUUAAAAGGUAAAUACAUUACUAAUUUAAAAUUCAUUGACAAUAAUUAAUAAUUAUAUAUAUAAAUUAAUAAACAAAAUUAAUCUAGUCUUUUGAGCAAAAAGAGGCAAAUCAUUAAAAAAUUAGAUUAUUAAAGUAGAAGACAAAUACCUGCCUUAAAAAUAAUGGUACAUAUGUUAAAAGGAAAACUUGAUGUAUAGGAAUCUCAAAAUUAGACAAUAAAUAUUCAUAUAAAAAUAUACAUUAAUAGCCAUAAAAAUAAAUAUAUUAUAAAAUUCAUAAAAAAAUAAAUAUAAAAAAAUAUAUAAAAAUAUAAAGGGGAAAAGAAAAGGAAAAAUUGUUAAAUAUAGGGCCUUUAAUGUGAGUGAGACCAGUACAGAAUUUUAAGUUUUUAUUUUAAACAUUAUUACCCUAUGUUUUUUUCCAUUUUUUGUUUUAUUUUCAUAACCUGAUGCUAUUUGGGUAAUAUUAUUUUUAUUUAUUUGAGUGCUCUCACCAUUUUCUUUUUAACUUGUCACUUGUAUUUAUUUAGUGGUUAUUGUGGCUCCACUAAGGUGAUUGUAGCACCACCACUUUCUUUUAGGAAUUCUUCACUUGUAUAUUGUAUUUUAGUCUGCCCAAUAAUUCAAAAUACUUUGAAAUAGUCCCUGGCCUUAUCUUAAUUCUAGGAUAGCCUUAUGUCUAUCGUACGCAUGCUUAAACUCCUUUACUGUGUUAACCUUUACCACUUCAGCUGGAAGGCUAUUCCAUGCAUCCACUACCCUCUCAGUAAAGUAAUACUUCCUGAUAUUAUUUUUAAACCUUUGUCCCUCUAAUUUAAGACUAUGUCCUCUUGUUGUGGUAGUUUUUCUUCUUUUAAAUAUAGUCUCCUCCUUUACUGUGUUGAUUCCCUUUAUAUAUUUAAAUGUUUCUAUCAUAUCCCCCCUGUCUCGUCUUUCCUCCAAGCUAUACAUGUUAAGAUUAUUUAACCUUUCCUGGUAAGUUUUAUCCCGCAAUCCAUGAACCAGUUUAGUAGCCCUUCUCUGAACCCUCUCUAAGGUAUCAAUAUCCUUCUGAAGAUACGGUCUCCAGUACUGUGUACAAUACUCCAAGUGAGGUCUCACCAGUGUUCUGUACAAUGUACAGUGUUCCUUCCCUCUUUCUACUGCUAAUACCUCUCCCUAUACAACCAAGCAUUCUGCUAGCAUUUCCUGCUGCUCUAUUACAUUGUCUGCCUACCUUUAAGUAAUCAGAAUUAAUCACCCCUAAAUCCCUUUCCUCAGAUGUUGGUUAGUACUCUAUCAAAUAUUCUGUACUCUGCCCUUGGGUUUUUAUGUCCAAGAUGCAUUAUCUUGCACUUAUCCACAUUAAAUGUCAGUUGCCACAACUCUGACCAUUUUUCGAGUUUACCUAAAUCAUUUGCCAUUUGGCUUAUCCCUCCUGGAACAUCAACCCCGUUACAUAUCUUAGUAUCAUCAGCAAAACGACAUACCUUACCAUCAGGACCUUCUGCAAUAUCACUAAUAAAAAUGUUAAAGAGAAUGAGUCCAAGUACUGAUCCCUGAGGUACCCCACUGGUGACAAGCCCAAGCUUCACAUAUACUCCAUUGACUACAACCCUCUGUUGCCUGUCAUUUAGCCACUGCCUACCCCAUUCAACAAUAUUGGAAUCCAAACUUAAAGAUUGCAGUUUAUUGAUCAGCCUUCUAUGUGCAACAGUGUCAAAAGCCUUACUGAAAUCUAGGUAAGCAAUGUCUAUUGCACCACCCUGAUCUAUUAUUUUAGUUACCCAAUCAAAAAAAUCAAUAAGAUUAGUUUAGCAUGAUCUCCAUGAAGUAAACCCAUGUUGUCUCUGAUCUUGAAAUCCAUGUGAUUUUAGAUGUUCAACAAUUCUAUCCUUUAACAUGGUUUCCAUUACUUUUCCCCACUACUAAAGUAAGGCUUACCGGCCUAUAUUUGCCUGACUUGUCUCUACUACCUUUCUUGUGAAUGGACACAACAUUCGCUAACUUCCAAUCUUCUGGGACUAUUCCUGUUAACAAUGAUUGGUUAAAUAAAUCUUUUAAUGGUUUUGCUAGUACACCACUAAGCUCUUUAUAACUUUGGGUGUAUUCCAUCAGGUCCCAUUGACUUAUUUGUCUUUACUUUUGACAGUUGAAAUAGAACCUCUUCCUCUGUAAACUCACAUGUAACAAACUGAGCCGGAUUAACAUAGGGGCUGAUGGAGCUGCAGCUCCAGGCCCAUGGAAUAGGCCCAUUUAAAAAUAAUUUUUAUUUUUUUUAUUUUACACACUACUCUUAGGUUUGCCACCUGACUGGUAUUUUACAGGCACAGACGGUAUUUGAGGCUGCCUGGCCGUACCGGUAUUGCAGUAAUACCAGAUAUUUUUCUUAGUACAAACGGAGAUUACUCGGCAAUACCAGCACCAGCCAGUAGGGGUCACUGUGUGUGGAGAGAGGUAGGUAUAGGAAGUUACAGCAUAUCCCUCCCUGCCUCUCUCUAAUCGCUAAACCGCGGGGGAGCAGCUACACAGCACAGAGAGUGCAGACAGCAGCUCCCAGCCUGCAGAGACAGACUACAGCUCAGGGAAGUGAGGGAUGAGGGGAAAGUCAGCAGGGAAACAUGGGGACACUGGGAGACACUAGGGGACGCUGAGACACAUGGGGACCCCAUGGCUCCCAGCCAGUGUCCCCUAGUCUCCCAGUGUCUGUGUCCCCAAAUGUCUGUGUCCCCAUGUCUGCCAGUGUCUGUCCCCAUGUCUGUGUCCCUAGUGUCCACAAGUGUCUCAUGUCUCACUGGGAGUAAUGGGGACACUGAGAGACUAAGGGACUAGGCGACAUGGGGACACUGGCACUGUGAUACAUAGGGACACGGAUGCCAAGCUGGCCGUCCAAUUCUUUGGACAGACAAGCCCCCUUUUUGGGCAUGUUCGACCUUUUUGGCAGUUCGGGUCAAGCCCAUUGAUUUCCUGCUUCACUGGACACUUCUGUUAGGGGGUAUGGAUUUACUUAAAGAUCCUUUGAGUUUCCCUCCAACACCAUCUCCAUCAGAUACAUGACGCUUUAGAGGUAUGACUGUUUUAGUGUUUUUGGUCGAUAAGAUUCUGUAAUUCUGUAAUUAGGCCCCAUCAUAAUUGUCAGCACCAGGCCCACUGGGCUCUUAAUCUGGCCCUGGUAACAAAUGACUCACUUGUCCUUUUUCCUAACUGAGGCCCCGUCUCCUGUUGCCAUGUGAGCACUUACAGAAAUGCAACUGGGAGAGAUUUUAAUGUUGUGCCUUGGCUCUGUAGCUGUGGUCUUACCUCUUUAUUAAAUGUAUGCACACCGUCUGUCACUGACUGCCUGCAGCCAAAUUCUGCAUUAAAAGCAGCUCAAUCGGUGCGAUCUGUGGAUGAGCUGUGUACAUACACUGAUCAGGAAGAAUUCAGACUUAUGGUGCAUCAUUCUGCAAAAACUAUAAACAUCUGAGCAUGCAAAAAAAAUACAGCAUAUUAAUGAGUCCAAAACCUAUGCAAUGCAUUAAAUUGCAUCGGUGCUGGGGUGUCUUUUUAAUCUAUUGUUUCACUAAAGCAAUAUCAAAUAUAAAGACCACUAUUAUUACUUGCACUCUUGCAACAUUUUAUAUACUUAUUACCCAUUGUUGCUACCUGUCAUCUUGCACUUAUUUUGUUUUGCAGGCAAAAACAGAUGAGAUUGCAAGGGUUUAUCAGCCAACACGUUACUCUUUGUGUCCCAAGUCUGUUGUUUCACUGGCAAACCUCCUUGCUGCCCGAGAGGAUCUCUCCAGAAUUGUACGCACUAGCAGUGGAGAGAUUCGGCAAAAAACAGUGUGUGCUGUAAAUAAGGUAGGAUGCCUUUAUUUUAAGAAAUAUAGCAUGUACGAAUCUCAGCUCCCCACUCUCCAGCAUUUGCCUAAAUUAUCACUCUGCAGCUGUUAGAGAAUGGAAUUCAAGGACACUGUAUUUUGUAUCAUUAUACUGUGAUUUUUCUGAUACUUGGAUAUUACACUUACAGCUCUGCAUGUUCCUCAAUUAUAUUGGAAGUUCUCCUUCCUGUAUGUAUCUAUAACAUUCCGUCCCUUGCAGGUCUUGAUGGGGAGAGUUCCUGACAGAGGAGGCAGACCUAGAGAGAUUGACCCACCACCACCAGAAAUGCCACCUUGGCAAAAACGUCAGGAUGGUGGAAGAGGAGGAUGGAGAGGAGGUGGUGGUGGCGGCAGAGGUGGUGGCUUUGGUAGAGGAAGUUAUAAUUCUGGAGGAAGGAAUUUUGGAAGAGGUGGUUAUCAAGGUACUGGGGGAUACAGCAGAGGAGGAGGCCAGAGAUGGUAGUUCUACUUGGAUGAAAAGAAUAACUCCUGUCGCCAAACAUGAGAACGUUUCAGUAUUAAUUGUUUGAAACCUCUUUUGUCACAUCAGGAAAUAUUUAUCCUUUUACCCAGGGGACUUAAUAUGAGAAGAAUCACCUGUGUGGCAGCUAGUAACAACUUAUGAACAUUUUUACCAUAUUCCCCGAGGUGGACCUUUUCAGUGGACUGAAGGUCAGAUUACUUUUGGAGUUGCUCAUCUGUUUGCUCUUCAGUGUGUGGGGUUUUUUUUUUUUGUAUUGUGGACUGCAUUUUGUUUGUUAGUUAUGGUAAACAACGCUAAAAAUGUGACUACCAUGCAAUGAUCAAAUGGUUUAGUUAACUAUUUAUGCAUAGGAUUUUUUUACAAAUAAUAAUGAAGAAAAACAAAAAAAAAUCACUGUGGGUAAGUUAUUCUAGGAACACAUGAAUCAUUUUAUACUAGAGCUUGUUUUUAAUCCAAUAUAAGACUAUUUUAUACAACCUGCCAUAUGAAAUGCUUUGCUUUAAUUGAGAAUCUCACUUUAAUUGUUUGGCUCGUGCAACAUUUGUGAAAUUGUUUCAAUGUGUACAAUUAAAAUGCAUAUGCUGUGAAAGUUGGUUUUUUUUUUUAUGCAUUCUAGUUUUUAAAAUUUGUAAAAUCAUACCUUUUGCUUAGAUGCAAAACUUGCCUUGUGCAGCUUUGCUGACCUGCCCCCUUAUUGCAAAAUGCCUUGUUUAUGCUAUGCAUUAUUCAAUCAAAUGUUUCUCAUCUAGAAGCAUUGUAGAUACGGGGAGCAUAAUAUAUUAUAUAAUAUAAUAUAAUGAACACUUACUCCAAAAUGUUUAGUGAAUAUUCCACAAAUACAACCAUAAACAUACAAAAAAAAAUAUUUAGAAUUUUUUUUUUUUCCUUUCUCCCUGAGAUAAUCUUUGCAGGCAUUGAUGCCAUGUUCAGUCAUCUUGUGAGAUACUUGUCUUGUCUUACACAAGAGGCUGCUGGCACAGGGCAAUGCUUUAUGCUGGAAUUAAAAAGGACAACUGUCAAAUAUUCUUUUCUAAAAAAAUUUAAAAGUUCAUUAAAUGAAACUACUGUUUUUUUUUUAAUAAUUAUGUACAUAUAUUUUUCUUAGGCAAAUAAAAUGCCAUUUUCUAUUUGCCAAACUCGCUAACAUAGAUCACUUGCAGCAGAAGGUCAGACAACCUUAGUCUGACCAAAAAUGGCUGCGCAGUCAGAUAAAAAGGUAAUCCAAUAUACAUAAUUUACAUUUAAUGAAAUGCAAGAUUUUUUUUAAUGAGCUUUUAAAAAGAAAAAGUAGAAGUGAAAAUGUGAUGACCGUUGUCAUUUAACUGGCAAACAGAGCUAUUAGGAAUCCCAAUCCUAAAGUGAAAACUCCACUUCUGUUCACCCAGCAUGCCAAUAAUAUAUGUAAAUUGUCUUUUAGCAAGUGGACAAGGAGCCUGUGUGAUUGACAGCCAGGAGGGUGUGGCUAUGGCUAUAGAAAUAAUGUAAUUUAAAUCUUAAAUAGCAAAGAAUUAAACAGUGAGACAGCAAUGUGGUUUUGGUCCUAACCUCCAUGUUGUAAUCUGCACCACUGUGCGGUGAUGGCUAGCGUAAUGUGUAAUUGAAAUAUAUAAUGACCCAAAGUCAUGUUGUUGCACUUUACCUUAGCCACAUUGCACUUGCAUAGUCCUCCUGACCGGUUAGGGCAAACAGACUACAGUACAGUGAAAGUGACUUUAAAUUCCUAAUUUUUCCCUUUAACCCAGAGAAGACAUGCAUUUUCAGACCAUAUUAUAAAAAGAAAACUUGAGGUUACUGUUGCCAGAGACCCAAAAUGAUGUACUUGGCGCGACCCAUUCUUCAAACAAGGCUCAAAAUUUCCACUCCACCAGGCAUUGGUGACUGUAACUUGGCUUGCGGUGAAUAGUAACAUUUAAAGCCUGACUAGGGGUGUAUCAUUUAAAAAUUUAUGCCCAGCUUCAUUUUGAAUGUAAUUAAGAUAAAAAAAAAUAAAUUUUGCAAUACCCCCAAAUUAUAUCUCCUCAGUAUCGGCCUUGCACUAGUGAAAGGAGUGAUACCAAGUUUAAGUAUUAAACUCAGUUGUGAGCAGUCAUGAGAGACCUGAUGAAUAUGUUGUUUACUUGCAAAUGGACCCACUUAAAUCUCCGGCUUUUCCUGGACUGACUUUCAGGUCCACACUUAUGGGUAAAGAAGCUCUAGUCUAAAGUUUAGAAUGCAUUAUAUGUGAACAUGGCAAACGUACAUUCAAAAAAAAAAAAGUACAUUUAUGUAAAACCAGUAGCCAUUAAAUAGCUUGGUGUUAAAAGCACAAUAUAACCACUUCAUCUCUUUUAAGAGUUGUAGUACCUUGAAUCCCUGGCACCAUACUGUCAAGAAAAUACUGCCAAUUAGAGAAUACAAUUUCAGAAAGACUGUAUUUUAAGUGAUAUUUUUCUCCUAUAAAUUCUUUGGUAUUUCUGACUAAAUGAUUUUCUAAUGUUUUAAUUUUGAUCUGUGUGAAAUAGAUCUCGUGGAGACAAACAUUAAAAGGGCAUCU